AAUUUAGUUAUUAUUUUAACAAUUCUUGAAAAAAAAUGGGACGCAAAAUAACUGUGGCGGUAACUACGCUCAACCAAUGGGCUCUAGACUUUGAGGGUAACAUGGCCAGAAUUUUGCAGUCCAUACUGGAGGCUAAGGAUAUGGGCGCCAGUUAUCGAACUGGUCCAGAACUGGAGGUAUGUGGCUACAGCUGCGAAGAUCAUUUUCGCGAACCAGAUACUUUUCUCCACUCUUGGGAGACAUUCUUAGAAAUCAUGAUGUCCCCUUUUUGCGCAAAUAUGCUUGUGGAUGUGGGCAUGCCAGUGAUGCAUCAGAAUGUUGCUUACAAUUGCCGCAUAGCAUUCUUUAAUCGGAAACUGUUGUUAAUCCGUCCUAAGAUGGCAAUGUGCGACGAUGGCAACUAUCGUGAGUCCCGCUGGUUUACUGCCUGGACCAAAGCGCAGAAAACGGAAGAAUACUUGCUGCCCCACCUUAUUAAAGAACACACUGGUCAAGAAACGGUGCCUUUUGGUGAUGCGAUAAUUGCAACCCCCGAUACAUGUAUCGGUUAUGAGAUAUGUGAGGAGCUAUGGAAUGUUCGCAGCAAACAUAUAGAGAUGUCACUUUCGGGUGUUGAGAUAAUUGUUAACGGCUCUGGAAGCUAUAUGGAGCUUCGUAAAGCACACAUAACAAACGAUCUCAUUUGCAACGCAAGCUUUAAGGCAGGAGGUGCCUAUCUUUUCAGUAAUUUACGAGGCUGUGAUGGCCAAAGAGUUUAUUUUAAUGGUUGCUCUGCCAUAGCACUUAAUGGUGAAGUUUUGGCGCGGGGAAGGCAAUUUGCACUACAAGAUGUUGAAGUAACUUUGGCCACCAUUGAUCUGGAGGAAAUUCGUGCCUACCGAGUUAGUCUCCGGUCACGAUGUUCGUCAGCGGCCGGAGCAGUAGACUAUCCUCGAAUACGCUGCGACUUUGAGAUGUCUACACAUAACGACAUAUUUAAGGCUGCAACGCCAACACUGCAUUUUACGUAUUCAUCGCCAGAGGAAGAAAUCGAAUUGGGGCCAGCAUGUUGGCUUUGGGAUUAUCUACGACGUUCCGGUCAGGGUGGCUUUUUUUUACCACUCAGUGGAGGUGUUGAUUCCAGUAGCUCUGCAACAAUAGUUUAUUCCAUGUGCCGGCAAAUAGUACAGGCAGUUCAACAUGGCGAUGCGCAAGUGCUGUAUGAUAUACGCAAAAUACUUGCUGAUUCUGAUUAUACCCCCAUUAAUGCAGCAGCGCUAUGUAAUCGACUUUUAGUCACCUGCUACAUGGGAAGCGUCAACAGUAGCAAGGAAACGCGACGCCGUGCUGCUCAGCUGGCAAACCAAAUUGGCAGCUAUCAUAUUGAGAUUAGCAUCGAUUUGGCAGUAAAUGCACUGCUGGGGAUUUUUAAUGCAGUAACGGGACUGACACCAGUUUUUCGCACGCAAGGCGGUUGCGCUCGGCAAAAUCUGGCUUUACAAAAUAUUCAGUCCCGUAUACGCAUGGUAUUGGCUUAUAUAUUUGCUCAAUUAAUGCUUUGGGUUCGCAACAGACCGGGUGGCUUGCUUGUUCUAGGCUCAUCUAAUGUUGAUGAAUCGUUGCGUGGCUAUCUAACGAAAUAUGAUUGUUCCUCAGCGGAUAUUAAUCCUAUUGGUGGGAUAUCCAAGACAGAUCUACUAAGAUUUUUGUCUUAUGCAAAAAAAAAAUACAAUCUUACUGCACUAGAAUCUAUAAUCGACGCUCCGCCCACAGCCGAGUUGGAGCCAUUGCUGGAGAAUGGGCAGCUGUUGCAAACAGAUGAAGAAGAUAUGGGAAUGAGCUAUUCCGAAUUGAGCGAAUAUGGUCGCCUGCGCAAACAAUAUUUUUGCGGUCCCUACAGCAUGUUCUGUAGGCUUGUGUCUACAUGGAAAAGCGAUUUAACACCUAAAGAAGUAGCUGAAAAAGUGAAACAUUUCUUUCGCUGCUACGCAAUUAACCGACAUAAAAUGACUGUACUGACACCUUCAGUACAUGCGGAAAUCUAUAGUCCCGAUGACAAUCGAUUCGAUCAUCGGCCAUUCCUUUAUCGUGCAAAUUGGAGUUGGCAAUUUAAAGCUAUUGAUGAUGAGAUCGAUAAGUUGCAGUCUGCCUACGCUCCUUCAUCUACUCAAAUAAGGCCGAACAGCGAUGAUCUGGUGCCCUCACUUGACACCAGUACUCAGCAAUCUUUUCAUAUGGAUGACUCAAAGCACUCGUCACCAAUGUCCUCUGCAUCUUUCGAUGGUGUGUCUACUGCAGGCCAGUUGCCUAUUGACAAUGUCGAAAUGCAAGGUGCAAAACCCAGCGGUUUUUCAAAAGUGCACGUGAAUGUUCUUGGCAAACUUAAGGAUCGCACUGGUAUACCAGUCUAAUUAUUUGACUAUUAUAUCUUAA